AUGAUUCAUCCUACAUUGGAACCUCCAACAUGGCUUCUUGAGCUUCAUCUUCGACCGGACCAAUCUGCCCUCCUCCAUAUGGCCUUGGAACAAGGUGGACUGCUUUGGCUAACAGAUGGAUUUUCUCAAUGGAACAAGUACCAGGGGAAACCACCACAUGUGGGACCUGGAAUGACCUCUCAUGCAAAAAUAUCUGCAAGGGGAACAGUGAAUAUAGAAUUAAAGCUGAACAAAAAGCUACCUGAUUUACCGGAAGGGUAUGCUUCGUCCGUAAGAGAGAUAGGGGUCGAUACGGUAGAUUGGAGGAACUGUCCGGAGAUGUUCGUUGUCAUCUUCAUUGUGGGCUCGAGAGGGGACGUACAACCUUACAUCUCUUUGGCCCUUGAAAUGAUCCGAUCGAAUGGACAUACAGUCAGGAUAGCUUCACAUGGUGAAUUUGCAAGUUUGACGCUGGAAGGUAGAUUGGAGUUCUAUGAUGUUGGAGGUGAUCCGAAAGAGUUAAUGGCUUACAUGGUGAAGAACCCAGGCCUUUUACCAGGCUUCUAA